AUGCGUUCGCCUGCUAUUGAAAACAGCUUAGAUGUCUCUCAGUUACCAUCGGAGUCCGAUAAUUCGUCAAUGAGUCAACAAAGGGCGGUUUUAUUAUGGAAGCGGGCCCUCAAAAAAGUUAAGUCUGUAGAUAUCGACCCUUGGCAUAAUUUACCAUGGAAUGAAUACCCUGUCCACUCUGCUUUCAGGCAUCGAUACAGUGCAAUUAAAAAGAAAUGGGUUGUGGAUGAAGUACAAAUCAAGAUGGAAUCAUCACCAUUCGAUCGUGGAACAAUGAGGGAGUGCUUCAGACUGAAAAAACUAAGUCAGAGAGGAUCAGGGACAGAAGACUGGCAGCAUACAACAAAUUACGUGGCUAAACGAUAUAUAGCACCUGUGGAUAAACGGGUUUAUUUCGACGAUGUGCGUCUGCAGAUGGAAGCAAAGUUGUGGGGUGAGGCUUUUAAUCGCCAUAACCCUCCUAAAAAGGUGGACAUUUUCCAGUUGUCCGUUCUUGAGCUGUGCAUUGACAGUACUCUUACUGACGAUAAAAGAGAUUCGUCCCCAAUGUUCCUCCAUAUUGAACGUUACAUGGAAGGUGAAUACCGUAAAUAUAACUCGAACUGUGGCUUCGUUGAUGAGUGUUUGCGCAAUACACCUCAGACGUUUAGUCAUUUCACGUUUGAACGCUCUGGCCACCGACUAUUAGUGGUAGAUAUUCAAGGUGUUGGCGACCUUUACACUGAUCCCCAGAUUCACACUUCAGAUGGUGUGGGUUACAAUGACGGUAACCUUGGUGCUAGGGGAAUGGCAUUAUUCUUUCAUAGUCACAGAUGCAAUCCCUUGUGCAAAUGGUUGGGAUUGGCUCAAUUCGAUUUGGCUCCCUCUGAAAUUGGCUCACAGGGACAUUACUGCCAAACUAAUGAUAUUCUGAAUAAUAUUGAAGCAGAAAUUGAUCAGGAUGAAGUAAGUAUAUACGGGCAAAUUCAAAAGUCAAGUUUUCGUCAACGUACAUACAGCUUAAAUACGCAGAUGUUCUGUAAAUUGCCGUCGCAAUUAUUCGGUGCAACUGUUAUCCGCUCGUCCGAAAACAUGUCCACGUCUGCGUUUCCUAAAGCUCGUCGUCGCUGUGCUAGUGCAUCACUUUAUGAUCAAUCCAAAUCCACGGGAAAAAGUGUAGAUUGUGCAUUGUCUCCCCAUUCCAUAGAUGAUGAAUUAGCAUUCGACAGCUUUUGUGACUUGAAACUUGAUGAGGCACAGUCUCUCAGCCAUUCUUUUGAAUUACCAAAUAAUCUACCCUCAUUGAACGCUUCGAUUUUUGGACAGAGUUAUUCACAACAGCUAUCUAAAGAAAUAACUCUAAGAAAUCGCGCCGCAUCUGGUGACUCAGGAUACUGUGGACGAAAUAACUUAGUUCAACCAUGUUCUGAGCUGCCUGACAGUAAAUCUCAUGAAGCUUCUGCUGAAUAUCGUCAAGACUAUGGAAACAGUGUCCGUGAUUCUGUUUCUUUGUUGAAUUCACCAAUAUCCGCUUCCCCAAACUAUUCUUUGGGUAUGCGAUCUUUUAUAGAAUCACGUUCAGUGGUUGAUGAGCCUUACCCAUUUGGGACAAAUCAUUCAAUUCUUGGUCGCAGUAAUUGGGUCAGUAGAAGGCAUCGUAAUAUAAGUGAAUCCAGUGAUGUAGAUGCAGAAGAAUGUCAUCGUGUUACAGGAAAUUUGCUUUACCAGCUAAUGCAUGAAAACCACAAGCCCAGUUGUGCUGAUCACCCUACAAAUUUGGAUCAGGAAAUCGGACAUUCCAUUCUAGGACAAAUCCACCAUGAACUUGCUCGACUUCAUGAAGCUGGUCGUUUCAUUCCUUCGAACAAAGGUGGGUGGUCACCUGCCGGCUUAGGAUGUCUGGCUGUAAAUCCAAGUGAAGAAUUGGCCGAUGAGGAUAAUUUACAAACAGAUGUCACCAAUGGGAAUAAUAAUGAAACAAAGUGUGACCCACCAGCUUCGAUUGAUUGGUCAGCUGUACUAUUUCACGAACGUCAUGCUGCUCAGUUGGGUUGCUUGGAAGCUAUGAUAGUUAUGGCACAUUAUUAUUUGGGUUUACCAACCCAACUCCUUGAAUGUCCCAUAAAACCUGAUCCAAGUGAUAUUCGGGUUGGUAUCGAUCACCUCUGGCGUGCUGCAGAAGGCGGUGACCGUCGAUGCAUGAUCUUACUGGCUCGCUAUCUAGAUAUAUCAGUCAGUCUUUUAAAUACAGGACAUCAGUUAAACUUCAUUACAACCCCAAGUGACAUGUUAUUACUUCCGGCUUUACAAGCUUUCGUCAACAGUGAUAACUAUUCAUUGCUUCCAUCCAUUUCGCCCGACUCUUGGUCUGAAGCUAUUGGAUGGUAUAAACGAGCAGUCGAUUGUGCCACGGAUUCUUCAUCUUCCGGUGAUGGAUGUGCAGAUAAAGGUUUGGAUGCUGAAGGCCGAUAUGACGCUGCUGAAGAUUUAUUGCCUGUUUAUCGUAUUUUAGCCCGUAUGGCUGAAAUGUAUUCUGUCGGAGGUUUUGGUCUCAAGAAGAACUUGUCACUAGCAGGUGAUCUUUUUAACCAGGCUGGAGAGACCGCAUCUUCUGCGUUGCAAGGUCGUUUAGCCGCAAGAUAUUUUGAGUUAGCUGAUGAAGCAUAUUUAUCUGCUGAACAAUCAACGAACGACUAG